AUGAAUCGAGAUCUGCAAAAUCUCUGCAGCGGAGAAAGCGGCCUUCAACGACUGAAGAUCAGCACCGGUUACUCCAAGUCUCUCCACGGCUCCCAGACCUCUCUGGCUUCGAAUUCGUCGGCUUUAACGACGAAGAGCCAGAAAAUCGGGAAUGGCAUCACCAAGUACUUCAAAAGAAAAGGACUUUCCCUCCUUGGAAGCAAUAAUUCCAAUGUUCCAAAAGCAGAUCUGAAAAAGAUUUCAAAAACUCCAGCUCGUCGUACUAUCACUCGCCGCCAGCACUCUCACAAGGCGAUUGAAGAAAACAAAGAGGUUCCAAAACCAGAUGAUGAGAAGAACCUCAAGUUCCCUCUGAAUGAACCAGCAGAGGAUCCCUUCGGUGCGAUAAGCUGCCCUAUUGAGCCAUGGAGGCAGGAAAUUUGGGAAAGACUUCCAGCUGAGAAGAAACUUCUUUCUUUUCCGUGUUACGAGCCGUAUUCCUUCACUGCGUUCGAAUACGUCCGGGCGCGAGAACUCAAGCCCACACAUCGAGUUGUUGGAAAUUAUCUUCAGAAUCAUCCUGUCUUGACUCCUAGGCAUCGAUACAUCCUCGUCAACUGGAUAAUGGAAGUUCAGGAAAACGAUGAGUUCUACUUUCGCAACGAGCAGUUGUUCGCCGCCGUCCGCUACAUCGAUGUCUAUCUAAGCCGAACUCAAAACUUGCCAUUGGAUAGGUUUCAGCUAUUAGCGAUUACUGCCAUGUUCGUCGCCUGUAAAGUUGGUAUGCAAUAUUACGCGGAGAUCGCGUCCUGGGCGAUUCUUGGCGAUCCUGACAAGCCCUACAAAACUAGUGACAUCCGACAAUUCGAGGUCGAACUUCUCCAAGUGAUCGAUUGGGAUGCAGAAAUUUCGACUGCCUAUUUCUCCCAGAAACGACUGUCCAUGCUAGCUGGAUUGAAAGACUCUCAGUGUCAUAUGGUGAGAUAUCUUCUGGAGCUAUCUCUUCUUGCUGCCGACAUGGUGACGAUUCGCCCGUCAAUCAUCACUUCCGCUGCCGUUUUAGUCGCGAAAACCUACUACGGCCAUCCCUUAGAAUGGAACGAUUACAUGGUCUAUCACAGGAUAGUGGCUCCUCAUCAAUACCUUGAACGCCGCCUUGCUCAUUACGCUUAUAAGUUUGAAGAACUGGCGCCUGUUUGCAAGAGCCUCAUUUUCCUGAUGAAGAACGCAUACAACAUCGGAAAGGAAAAUUUGGCUGGUUCAAAGGACUAUCUUUGGGCCAAGUACUCGAGCAGCGAUGGCGGCAUGGUGGCGAUUUUGGACCAAGAGCUUCUUCAAAACUUGAGAAAUUUGGAGUAA